AGGGCUUUCAACUGUGCCUCAGUCUCCUUCAUCAGUUGUCAUGGAGAUUCAUCUGUUGACGUAGUUGUGAUUUGAUCCACUGCACGUUUAGGACUUCUCGGCUUCUUUAGCGGUUGCAGUUAAACCUCUGGAAGAAGCUGACAGUUUUUGGGUGUUUGUGACACAGCUAUGAAACUGGGAGCCCUAUAAUGGACCUGGAGGAAACCGUUUUCACCUUGCAGUCUAAAUGUGAACAGCUAUGGCAGGAAAAUAAUCAGUUGAAGGCGAUGCUGGGGGUAGUCAGAGAAAAUCAAGACCUGAAAGCCAGGAUGCAGAGCUUCAGUCAUGACACUCUGAUGGAUCCAACAGUGUCCUCACCUUCAGGAAGAAAUGGAUCCAGUCUGUGGCAAAACACCUUUAGUGAGAAACAAUUCAGAGAAAACAUGCAACAAACCAGAUUCAAACAUGAACACCGAACCUCAUCCCCCAUCAACUUUAGGUCUUUCUUGCAAACCUCUAUGCACACUGACCCAAGUGAGCUUCAAAGCUUCCAGGCUGAUAUUCCUCCGAAGGUCAAAGCUCCAGACAGGCUGCUAGGAGAGAUUGCCUACCAACUGGACAGGAGGAUUCUGUCCCACAUCUUCCAGGGCCAUAAGAGGCUUUAUGGUUUCACACUGCUCAAUAUACCAGACAAGAUCAUAGAGGUAAGCCAACAACCGCUGACAGGGAAGGUAGAUGAAGGUUAUCGGCUUCAUCUCUCUCAGAGGUAUGAUGAACUCAUGGAGAGGUUGAACAAGCUUGGAUAUAAGGCAACACUUCACCCUCAGUUCAGUGAAUUUAUUGUCAACACAUACGGGAUCCUGAAGGAGAGGCCUGGUGAAAACAGCACACAGGAAAUGGACUACAAUAAUCCAGAAUAUCUCGGGAGGCUGAUAAUGACCACAGCACCAAGAAAACUUCAGAAGGACCUGCUACUCAUGCUCACCUGCCUCUGCAACAUGGCAGAGAUUGAUAGGAAACCUCUUCUUCUCUGGUAGACCUGAUUGUAUCCAAAGAGUGAACAACUGGAUAAAUAAAUACCCUGUUGUGUA